AUGCAUUCAAUCCACCUGCUCGCCGGACUCCUCCCGGCGCUGGCAUCAGCCCUGUCCCGCCGCCACGUGGAAUGUCUCUUUGCUACCACCCCUGGUAGCAGUGAUACCUGCCAGACCUUUGCCAGCACCUGGGGCCUGUCCGUCAGCGAGCUCCAGGAGCUGAACCCCGGCAUCUCCUGCCCGAGCCUUGAUGCGAGCCAGUCGUACUGCGUUAUCGGCACUGUGACUGAAACUCCCCCGGGAACCACUCUUACGACGACGACGUCGACAUCCACAACAACCACUACCAGUACUCGGACUACGACCACUACCCAACCUCCGACCACGGCCAAUCCGACGGUCCCAUCCCCCACGAUGCCUGGGAUCGCGGAGAACUGCGACCAAUUCUAUCAGAUCUCUCCCGGUGACCAGUGUGGAACCAUUGCCCAGAGACACGGUAUCACGACCGGGCAGCUCCUGAGCUGGAAUAGCGAGAUCAACGCCGACUGCACAAACCUCUGGCUGGACUACUACAUCUGCGUCCACGUUCCCGGCUCAACCACCACCUCGGCCGCCCCAGAACCAACCGAAGACCCAUCCACCCCGACGCCAUUGAUGCCCGGCACCGCCGCCAACUGCGACGAGUUCCACCAGGUCGUGUCGGGCGACCAGUGUGGCACGAUUGCGCAAGCCCACGGAAUCACGCUUGCCCAGUUCCGCAGCUGGAACACUGAGAUUAAUGCCGACUGCACCAACCUCUGGGUCGACUACUACGUGUGCGUGCACGUCCCGGGCACAACAACAACCGUCCCAGCAACCCCCGAGCCAACCGAGGAUCCCACGGGCCCGACGCCGCAGUUACCCGGCACCGUCAGCAACUGCAAGGCCUUUCAUCUGAUCGCGAGCGGCGAUAGCUGCUGGUCGAUCUACACCGAGGCCGGGAUCACGCUUGCGCAGCUCCGGCAGUGGAACUCGCACAUUGAUGCCGCUUGCAGCAAUCUCUGGCUCGGGUACUAUGUCUGCGUGGGAGUCUAG